AGUCACAGUACACGUCACGUGUCACGUAUCAGCCUUUUUAAAUAUUACACGUUGUUAUCAUUGUUUUUGAGAAGUUGACAUUGUUGCAACCACGAACUAAUGAGCUGCACAGCUUGGCAUUCUAGUUUAGUUGUUACGCUCGUAUCCUAUUAGAAAUCAUUUCUUCUCCUAUCGUUGUUUGUUUCUGGAUCAGUACUUCUCUCAUUCAGUUUCAAUCUUAAUCAAUCACAACAACGCGUUCAAUUACUGAUAUUGGAGGGUGAAAGGAUCAUGCUUGGGAACGGGGCUGUCGGGAUCUUAGCAGAAUCUGUGAAUAAAUGGGAAAGAAGGGCACCUUUGACCCCUUCACACUGUGCUCGAUUACUCCAUGGUGGGACAGGUGUUUCCAGAAUCAUUGUGCAGCCUUCCACUAAGAGAAUUCAUCAUGAUGCUCUCUAUGAAGAAGUUGGUGCUGAAAUAUCCCAAGACUUGUCACAAUGUGGUCUCAUCCUUGGCAUUAAGCAACCAAAGCUGGAGAUGAUAUUACCGGAUAGAGCUUAUGCCUUCUUCUCGCAUACACAUAAAGCACAGAAAGAAAACAUGCCUUUGCUGGAUAAGAUUCUAGCUGAGAGGGCAUCGUUAUAUGACUAUGAAUUAAUUGUUGGGGACAAUGGGAAAAGGUUACUUGCAUUUGGAAAAUUUGCUGGUAGAGCUGGAAUGAUUGAUUUUUUGCGUGGAUUAGGACAACGGUUUUUAAGUCUUGGAUAUUCAACACCUUUCUUAUCACUUGGAUCAUCUUACAUGUACCCUUCCCUGGCUGCUGCUAAGGCUGCUGUGAUUUCUGUUGGUGAAGAAAUUGCGACGCAGGGAUUGCCAUUGGGGAUCUGUCCCCUGGUUUUUGUAUUUACUGGUUCAGGAAAUGUUUGUUCUGGUGCACAAGAGAUAUUUAAGCUUCUUCCUCAUACCUUUGUGGAUCCAUCUAAGCUACACGACCUACAUAGAACGGACACAGAUCAUCCAAGGCAUGCUUCAAAAAGAGUUUUCCAAGUUUAUGGUUGUGUUGUGACUGCCCAAGACAUGGUUGAACCCAAAGAUCCCAAGAAAGUGUAUGACAAAGCAGACUACUAUGCACACCCUGAGCAUUACAAUCCCACUUUCCAUGAAAAAAUAGCACCAUAUGCAUCUGUUAUUGUCAAUUGCAUGUAUUGGGAGCAAAGAUUUCCUCAAUUGUUGAGCUAUAAGCAGAUGCAAGACUUGAUGAGCCAAGGGUGCCCCCUUGUUGGAAUAGCAGACAUAACGUGUGAUAUAGGGGGUUCAAUUGAGUUUGUUAACCACACUACAUCAAUUGAUUCGCCCUUCUUCAGAUAUGAUCCCAUAACGAAUUCUUACCAUGAUGAUAUGGAGGGGAAUGGUGUGAUAUGUUUAGCUGUCGACAUUCUUCCAACAGAAUUUGCAAAAGAGGCUUCCCAACAUUUUGGAAACAUACUUUCCCAAUUUGUCACAAACUUGGCUUCUGCUACAGACAUAACAAAGUUGCCUGCUCACUUAAGGAGAGCUUGCAUAGUCCAUAGAGGAGUGCUAACCUCGUUAUAUGAUUAUAUCCCACGCAUGCGGAAUUCUGAUCCCGAGGAAGUAUCAGAAAACUCGGCAAAUUCUUUAUCUAACAAGAGGAAAUACAAUAUAUUGGUAUCUCUGAGUGGUCACUUAUUUGAUAAAUUUCUGAUAAACGAGGCCUUAGACAUUAUUGAAGCUGCAGGAGGCUCCUUCCACUUAGUCAAUUGCCAUGUGGGUCAGAGUGCUGAAGCUGUAUCAUUUUCUGAACUUGAAGUUGGUGCAGAUGAUAAGGCUGUUCUGGACCAAAUCAUUGAUUCUUUAACAUCUAUUGCUAAUCCAAAUGAAAAUGAUAGAUUUUCAAAUCAAGAUUCAAGUAAAAUUUCACUUAAGCUUGGUAAAAUAGAAGAUAAUGGCAUGGACAGGGAACCUGAUCUGAAAAAUAAGGCUGCAGUUUUAAUUAUUGGUGCCGGUCGGGUCUGUCAACCUGCUGCUGAAAUGAUAUCAUCAUUUGGAAGGCCAUCAUCAAUCCAAUGGUAUAAAACAUUGUUGGAAGAUGAUUUUGAAUGUCAAACUGAUGUAGAAGUCAUUGUGGGAUCUCUGUACCUGAAGGAUGCAGAGCAGAUUGUUGAAGGCAUUCCAAAUGUAACUGGAAUUCAGCUUGAUGUGAUGGAUCGUGCCAGUUUGAAUAAGUACAUUUCACAGGUUGAUGUUGUUAUAAGUUUGCUGCCCCCUAGUUGUCACGUUAUAGUAGCAAAUGCUUGCAUUGAGUUGAAGAAACAUCUUGUCACUGCUAGCUAUGUUGAUAGCUCCAUGUCAAUGCUAGAUGAUAAGGCUAAAGAUGCUGGUAUUACAAUUCUUGGAGAGAUGGGUUUGGACCCAGGAAUUGAUCAUAUGAUGGCAAUGAAGAUGAUCAAUCAAGCACAUGUACGGAAGGGUAAAAUAAAGUCUUUCACUUCUUAUUGUGGUGGACUUCCAUCUCCCGAAGCAGCUAACAAUCCGUUGGCAUAUAAAUUCAGUUGGAAUCCUGCAGGAGCCAUCCGAGCUGGGCGCAAUCCCGCGACCUACAAAUGGGGUGGUGAAACUGUACAUAUUGAUGGGGACAAUCUUUACGAUUCAGCUACAAGACUAAGGCUCCCGGAACUUCCUGCUUUUGCACUGGAAUGUCUCCCAAAUCGUAAUUCAUUACUUUAUGGGGAUUUGUAUGCGAUAACCGAAGCAUCAACCAUUUUCCGUGGAACCCUCCGCUAUGAAGGAUUUAGUGAGAUCAUGGCGACACUGUCUAGGAUUGGCUUAUUUAACAAUGAAGCUCAUUCGCUGCUAAUGAAUGAACCGAGACCAACUUUUAGAAAAUUUUUAUUUGAACUUCUCAAAGUUGUUAGUGAAGAUCCUGAUGGACCUUUGAUAGGAGAGAAUGAGAUCAUAGAACGACUAUUAACACAAGGGCACAGCAAAGAUCAAAGAAUUGCAACGAAGGCAGCAAAAACAAUCAUAUUCUUGGGACUUCUUGAGCUAACAGAAAUCCCUGCUUCCUGCAAAAGUGCUUUUGAUGUUGUUUGUUUCCGCAUGGAGGAGAGACUAUCAUACACCAGCACAGAAAAGGAUAUGGUGCUUUUGCACCAUGAAGUGGAAGUAGAAUACCCAGAUAGCCAAAUUACAGAGAAACAUAGAGCUACUUUACUGGAAUAUGGGAAAACUGUCAAUGGAAAAACCACAACUGCUAUGGCCCUUACUGUUGGUAUUCCAGCUGCUGUUGGAGCUCUGCUCUUGUUGACAAACAAAAUUCAGACUAGAGGAGUCUUAAGACCUAUUGAACCUGAAGUAUACACUCCAGCAUUGGAUAUUAUAGAAGCUUAUGGCAUCAAGUUGAUAGAGAAGACUGAGUAAUUUUCAUCUCUGAAGCGGCUGUUGAUGUAGAGGUGUACGUUGUUGUACACCAUGCAAUGUUAGAUCUGAAUAGAUAAACUAUAAUAAUUACUGCAUUUGUAGAAUUGCAACUACCAUUUAUACCGGUGUCAGAAUGAACCAUACAUUACCAUCAUUGCUAAAAUACUUAUUGGAAAUUCUUACACACAAUUUCAAUUGCAGCAAUACCAAUUCAUGCAACCA